AUGUCUCAUAAAACACCUACAAGUGCAAGAUCUUGUAAUGCUAAUACUACUAUGAAUUCAACACCUUCGAGAAACUCGUUUAGACCACCUUCAAGAAUAUCAAUGGUUCCUAAAUCUUCGUCUCCGAUUCAACCACCAAGAUCAAGACCUGGAUCGGCAAUGUCAAUUAGUCGACCAUGUACACCUUCUUUUAAACAACAAGAACCUUACACAGGAUCAAUUUCUGUUUCAAUACGACCAAAUCCAAAUACAAUCGAUAAUAGAAAUUGGAUCAUUGAUGAAUUUGAUAAUUCAAUUACUAAUGCAGAAGAUGGAGCAAGAUUUGUAUUUGAUAACGUGUUUCCUAUGGAUUUUCAACUAAGUAAUUUCCAAGUUUACAAUAAAUCUUGUUUAAGUAUAGUGAAUAAGUUCCUUCAAGAAGGUUAUAAUGGAACCAUAUUUGCAUAUGGUAUGACAGGUUCAGGUAAAACAUUUUCUAUGAAAGGUAGUGAUGCCGAUCCAGGUUUUGUUGAAUUGGCCAUUAAUGAUAUUUUCAAUAAAAUUAAUGAUAGUACGACAGCAAAAAAAUAUUCCAUUGAAGUUUCAUAUCUUGAAAUUUAUAAUGAAAAAAUCAUUGAUCUAUUAUCUACAACUAAUAGUAAUCAAGAUUUAAAGAUUAGAGAUGAUUCCGAUUAUGGAACUAAAGUUAUUGGAUUGACUAGUGCAUCAAUAACAUCAAAGCAACAAUUAUUACAAUUGAUUAAACGUGGUGAUACUAAUCGUAAAACAAGUGCAACAGAUUUCAAUGCUAGAUCUUCCAGAUCUCAUUCCAUCUUACAAAUCAAAUUAAAAGUUAUUGAUAUAUUGACAGAAACUGAAUUAAAAUCAACUUUAUCAUUGUGUGAUUUGGCUGGUCUGGAAAGAGCAGCUACAAGUUUGGAAAGAAGAAAAGAAGGUUCUUAUAUUAAUAAAUCUUUGUUGGCCUUAUCAAAUGUUAUUAAUAAGUUAUCUAGCUCCACAUUGGAACAUAUUCCAUACAGAGAUUCUAAAUUAACAAGAUUAUUACAACCCGCAUUAAGUGGGUCUUCUUUGGUCCUGAUUCUUUGUACUAUUCACAUGGGUGGUAAUCAACAAAGUGUACAACAAUGUGUGGCUGAAACGUAUAAAACUUUAAGAUUUGCAGCUCGAGCUAAAGAUAUUGUCAUCAAUGUUGAACGUAAUACAGGACGACGUAUGGAUGGAGAUUCGGCAAAAAUGAUUCAAGAGUUGAAUAGUAUAAUUGAACAACAAAAACAAGAAAUUAUGAAACUACAAAGAAACAACAGUCCAAAUUCCAUGUUUGCUCCAUCUGCGGGUAUUGAAGGCACCAGGGUUGUUGAAUUAGAAGCAGAAAACAGAGUAUUGCGUGAAAAAUUGGAUCAUUUUUCCCGAUUGACUGAUUUGCAGAAAACAGAAACUGUUAUUGUUAAAAAUGAUAUACUUAAUGAUAUUAUAACUUCUGGGACAGAUAAUCUGCAAAUGUUGAUGACUAACAUUGAAGAUUUCUACAAGAGAAUGACAUUUGAGACCAAUGAAUAUAAAGCCUAUAUUGCACAUUUAGAAAACCAAUUGAAAUUGGAGAGUAUGAACAGUGCCACCACUGCAACUACAGCAACUAUUCCAACUAAUGAUUCAUCUGAAUUGUAUGAUGUGUUGAAAGAUCAAGAGGAAGAAAUAGUAAUGUUGAAAGAACAACUCAAGGAUAAAGACCAAAUAAUUAAAAGUUUGUCGAAAACAACCAGAUUACGCCGUUUGGUGGAUAAUAAUGCGAGCCUUGCUGGUAAUGCCAGUAAUACCAGUGCAUCAGACAAUGAUUUCAAGAGAUCCAAUACCAUUACAUCAAGUUUACUUCAUUUAGAUAAAGAGAAUUAUGCACCUGAUUUGAAAGAAUUCAAAUUAAGUUCCAGAACAACACAAUCAGAUUAUGAUUUGUUACUGGGGUUAUAA